GCCUAGUCCAUGCUGUUUACUUCUGUUCAGGGGUCUGUAUCACACUUCUGUAACUCCGGUGAUAGUUCCCCUCAACAGACACACACUGAGCAAGGGCCCUAGACUGCACUGCACUGCACCGCAACUUAUCGGACCUGUGGCCAGAGUCACAUGCAGUCUCAUGCCUCGGGAAGCCCCCAACUCCAACACCACCAAAAACAGAGGGAAAGUACAGAGACCUGCAGGCCAAAGGACAGAGUGAGAGGUUAGGUCGUCAUCGCGACAGGCCCUUGGGUUUGAGGAGAGGAGACACUAAGGGACAUGGCCAAGCCCCUCCCCUCUACUCAUCUAUUGGUGGUGGCACUCCAGCUGUGUCUAGUACUACGCCACCAUGCCCGUACGGCGGCAUAUUACGGGCACAAGCAGCCGCAGCACCCACAGCAGCACCUUCCCCAGCAGCACCAGCCCAUGCAACAGAUACCUCACAUGCCCCUAGGGAACGGGUAUGGGAACGGGAACGGGAACGGGAAUGGGAAUGGGAACGGGAACGGGAAUGGGGACGGGCUGCCCAAGCAACAGUACGGGAAGGAAAUGCCACAACAUAUGCCAUACGGCAAAGAGAUGCCAUAUGUGCUGCCACAGUAUGGGCAAGAACUUCCACAGAUGCUUCCACAGAUGCACGAACAACCCCAGAUGCCACCCAAUAAGGGCAAGGGAAAAGGUCAGUCAUAUCCCAGUAAUGGGAAAGGCCUUGGAGGCCCACCACCUGAUGAUAGGGGACUACAGGGUCCUGGUCCCGAGGGGCCACCAGGAGCCCAAGGGCCUCCAGGACCACAGGGCCCUCCAGGGAUGCUAGGUCAAGGGAUGCCCGGCCCCCAUGGAAAACCAGGCCCUCCUGGUCCCCAAGGGUAUCCUGGGAUAGGGAAACCCGGAAUGCCGGGAAUGCCCGGUAAACCUGGUGGAGGCGGCCAGCCAGGUCCGAAGGGCGACCUUGGUCCUGGUGGUGAUGUAGGACCAAUGGGGAUGCCUGGGGGGCCAGGUCUUCCAGGGCCACCAGGCCUGCCAGGCAUCGGGAAGCCAGGGGGUCAGGGACUGCCUGGGCAGCCUGGGCCUCGAGGGGAGCCUGGACACAAGGGCAUACCUGGACUGCCUGGUCUUCCUGGGCCCAAGGGAGACAAAGGGAUUGGCUUGCCAGGAUUGCCAGGUUUGAAAGGACCUGGUGGACCACCUGGGCCUCCUGGUCAAGGGGGUUUGCCAGGGGUUGGAAAACCAGGUCUGAAUGGACUACCAGGAUUGCCCGGGGGGGCAGGAAAACCAGGCCCACCUGGAGAAGGAGGACUUGCUGGUCCACCAGGUGAAGGAGGAGAACCAGGACCACCAGGGCUACCAGGUAUUGGCAAGCCCGGGCAAGAUGGUUUGCCAGGACAACCAGGGUUCCCAGGUGGUAAAGGGGAAUCAGGCCCACCAGGUUUGCCAGGGGGCCCAGGCCUACCUGGUUACGGAAAGCCAGGAUAUCCUGGACCAAAAGGAGACAAAGGACAUGGAGGUUUUCCUGGAGCUCCAGGCCCAAAAGGUGACAAAGGUCAUGGAGGUCUCCCAGGGCAGGAAGGCCUUCCUGGACCCAACGGGCCACCGGGCCUGCCCGGUUCCAUUGGGCCACCUGGGGGUCUUGGUUUCCCAGGUCCGAAGGGAGAAGGUGGCAAUGGAGGGCCAAAGGGGCUGCCAGGUCCUAAAGGUGAGCCAGGGCCUCCAGGGCUUCCUGGACAGGGUGGGUAUCCUGGAGAGGGUGGUCAACCAGGACCGAGAGGUAUACCAGGGCCACUGGGUCCGAAAGGGGAUAACGGCCACAAAGGGUUACCUGGCCUCCCUGGAGCUCCUGGAAUGCCCGGUUCAAGGGGAGAAGGUGGAAUGCCCGGAGAAAAAGGUCACCAGGGACCCAAGGGAAUCCCUGGAAAUUUUGGUCCAGGUGGGCCACUUGGUCCUCCCGGUCUUCCCGGGCCAAAAGGCGAGCUUGGUCCUCCAGGGAAACCUGGCUACCCCGGCGAAGGUAAACCUGGUGUUCCAGGCGCUUUAGGGCCCCAAGGGAAACCUGGCAACGGUGGACCCCCUGGUCAACCUGGACAACCAGGACAACCUGGUCCCCCUGGCCCACCCGGACCCCCCACCCAACCACCUGGUCUUGGUGAAAUCCUCCCUGAGCUGGGUCCUGGUCUGGACGGUCUUAAACAAGGCGGUUACAAGAAACCAAAUAAUGGAGGGGACAGGAACGGCCUGGAGAUGCCAGCAUUCACGGCUCAGCUCACCAAUCCUUUCCCCCCCGUAGGCUCCCCUGUGGUCUUCGACAAGCUCCUGUACAAUGGCCAUCAGGACUACAAUCCCCAAACCGGCAUCUUCAGCUGUACGAUACCGGGAAUCUAUUACUUUGCUUACCACGUCCACUGCAAAGGAGCUAAUGUGUGGGUGGCGCUGGUCAAGAACAAUGAGCCUGUGAUGUACACAUAUGAUGAGUACAAAAAGGGCAGCCUGGACCAGGCGUCAGGGAGCGCUGUGCUCCCCUUACAGCAAGGAGACACUGUGCAUGUACAGCUUCCAUCUGACCAGGCAGCAGGACUUUAUGCCGGUCAAUAUGUCCACUCUUCAUUCUCCGGAUAUUUAUUGUACCCAAUGUAAAGAUCAACAACAAAAAGGGCAUCCACACCACAACUCACUACAUAGCUGUUUUAUUAGUGUUUUAUUCAUUUUAAACUGUUGACCUCAAUAGUGACACAAUGAUGACAACAGUGAAAACUACUACUCGGCUCGGAAGUAUCCAAUGACUGUGUGAGUGCUACAGCUAUAGAAUGUUUCUGCCUUUGUAUUGCAGUAUUAGAUGGGUGAGAAAAAACAACAUAAAUCAAUCUCUCUGCAAUACAUUUCAUUUACCCCAGAAAUUAAUUUGGCAAAACCCUCAGAUAAAUUAUUUGAGAUGUCUGUAUGUAGAUAUUCAGAUAAUUAUGCAAAUUACAAUUUCUGUUGGUUAGUAGGGGG